CAAACAAAACAAAUUUGUCAUAUAAUUUCCAUCGAGGAGCUGUCAAAGAGAGAACCAUACUCAAACUCAAAUAAGGGAAUCACUGACUGGGUUGGUCUCAUUUUCCCUCUCUGACACUACCUCGAAGUGAAGAACUCAUCUUUUCAUUUGGGAUUCUCCCAUUUCUUGCUCUUUGCUUUGAUUCUUUCCCUUUGUUAUGGCGCCGGUUUUAUCUCGGUUACUUCUCCGACGGAAUGUUCACACACCAUUUCUUCGCACCUCCACCACCGCAUUUAACUUUUUCAGAACAAUUCAUUCUACGGUUUUCUCCACUGUAGAAGUGGACCAAAUAUCAGGUUCUAAGCCAGGAGAUGUUCUCAACUUGGUGCAGGGUAAAUGGAUUGGAUCUUCCGGUUGGAAUACUAUUGUAGAUCCUCUAAAUGGAGAACCAUUUAUUAGAGUUGCCGAAGUCAACGAAACAGAGAUUCAGCCAUUUGUGAAGAGUCUAACCAAAUGCCCCAAGCAUGGCUUACACAAUCCUUUCAAAUCGCCUGAGAGAUAUUUGUUGUUCGGAGAUGUAUCUUCCAAGUCUGCCGACGUGCUUUCCAAGCCAGAGGUGACUGACUUCUUUGCAAGGCUGAUUCAAAGAGUUUCUCCAAAAAGUUAUCAGCAAGCUUGUGCUGAAGUAAAUGUUACUGUUAAAUUUCUACGGAACUUCUCUGGCGAUCAGGUUCGCUUCCUAGCAAGGUCCUUUGCAGUACCUGGAGAUCAUCUUGGACAACAAAGUCAUGGUUUCCGUUGGCCUUAUGGUCCCGUUGCAAUUAUCACUCCUUUCAACUUUCCAUUAGAAAUUCCUGUACUUCAGUUGAUGGGUGCACUUUACAUGGGCAACAAACCCGUUUUAAAAGUUGAUAGCAAGGUUAGCAUUGUUAUGGAGCAAAUGAUUCGAUUGCUUCACCAUUGUGGACUACCUCUAGAAGAUUUAGAUUUUAUAAAUUGUGAUGGGAAGACCAUGAACAAGUUUUUGAUGGAGGCAAAUCCAUCCAUGACUCUUUUCACCGGUAGCUCAAGGGUGGCAGAUAAGUUAGCUGUUGACUUGAAGGGCCGCAUUAAAUUGGAAGAUGCAGGUUUUGAUUGGAAAGUCUUAGGACCAGAUGUUCGAGAGGAAGACUAUGUUGCAUGGGUUUGUGAUCAAGAUGCUUAUGCUUGUAGUGGCCAAAAGUGUUCAGCACAGUCGAUACUGUUUAUGCAUGAGAAUUGGUCAACAACUUCGCUUAUUUCGAAGAUAAAGGAUCUUGCAGAGAGAAGAAAUUUGACCGAUUUAACAAUUGGCCCAGUUCUUACAUUGACAACGGAAGCGAUACUAGAUCACUUGAAUAAAUUGAUCAAGAUACCAGGGGCAAAGUUGCUCUUUGGAGGCGAACCUCUAAAAAACCAUUCUAUUCCACCCGUAUAUGGCGCUAUAAAACCCACUGCAUUAUAUAUUCCACUUGAAGAAAUGAUGAAAGAUGAGAAUUAUGAACUCGUGACUAAGGAAAUUUUUGGACCAUUCCAGAUUGUUACGGAAUACAAGAGAGAUCAACUUUCGGUUGUGUUGGAUGCUCUUGAGCGAAUGCAUGCUCAUCUAACUGCUGCUGUUGUUUCAAAUGACCCUCUUUUUUUGCAGGAAGUUAUUGGCAACACUGUGAAUGGAACGACAUACGUAGGUUUAAGAGCUAGAACAACGGGAGCUCCACAAAACCAUUGGUUUGGACCCGCAGGAGACCCUAGAGGUGCAGGUAUUGGAACCCCGGAAGCCAUCAAACUCGUAUGGUCUUGCCAUAGAGAGAUUAUAUAUGAUAUUGGCCCAUUGCCCUCGCAUUGGACUGUUCCAUCGUCAACUUGAAUAUAUGAGAGUAUAGGUGCUUUGCUUCGUUGAUCCACCCACUUAGGCCAACCUAACUUCGCCUAGAAUCUAAUGUCAAUUUUGUAGUUGCAGAAAAAGAAGAAAAAGAAAUAAAGUUCAUUCAUAAAAAAUCAGUAUAUGGCAAAAACCAUUUUUUAGUUACUUUUUCUUUCAUUUUUAUCUCUCUUUUCAUCAUAUGCUUCUUUUUUAGGAAACAUCUCAUUCCUAAUUAAUAAAUAUCCAAUCUCUCUUCAUUUUA